GGGGGUUUAUGCUGCAUUUCCCUCUAGGCACAAACCCAAGGAUGGCUCUCCUGGGAUCCAUCAUCACUCUCUGUGCAGUCGGAGCAAUGGGCUCCUCAGGGAAUGAGACCUCAGUGGUGCUGUCAGAUUCAUMUCUCCGGAACAUCAUUACCGAGGCCAAGCAGUUGGUAGACACAGCAUAUUUACGGGCCAGAAAAAGCUUAAAGAGAAAACUGGAGGAAAAGAUUGUCAACCCSAUGGAUUUCCUGAAGCACCUAAAGGAUCCUGUAGGAAGAACCAGAUCUGCAGUUCGAGCUGCUGAUUACUUGGAAACUACUUUGAAAAUCCUCAAAAGGAGGCUUCACCUCUCUGGGGAACAGAGUUUCAAUGUUACAGAUCUCCUCAGCAGGACACAGAAGGAGAUGAUUUCCAAGGGCACUGGCUGUGACUACCAGACUCGUUCUGUUAAAUGCCCAGAGAGAGACUUUUACCGGACCAUUACUGGGGAGUGCAACAACAGAAAUCGCUCCCACCUGGGCUCCUCKAACCGUGCCUUUGCUCGCUGGCUGCCAGCCGUGUACGAGGAUGGAGUGUCUGUUCCCAGAGGAGCAAGUGAAGGAAAGCRCUACAAUGGAUUCCCACUCCCCCUGGUUCGAAAAGUGUCCAACGAAAUUGCUCACACAGCCAAUGAGGACAUCACUGCAGACCGGCAGCUCUCGCUGGUCUUCAUGCACUGGGGCCAGUGGGUCAACCACGACAUCGACUUGGCCCCAGCCAGUGGGGAAGGAGCCAGCCUGGAGCUCCAGUGCCACACCAGUUGUGCCUUCAAGCCCCCCUGCUUCCCUAUCAAGUUCCCCCCCGACGACCCGCGGAUGCUGAGCUCUGACACCUGCAUGCCGUUCGUCCAGUCGGCCUCGGUGUGCACCCCCGCCACGUUCACCCGGGAGCAGCUCAACGCCGCCACCUCCUUCAUCGACGCCAGCACCGUCUACGGCAGCGACGACUCGCUGGCCAGGAGCCUGAGGAAUCUCAGCAGCCAGCUGGGGCUGAUGGCCAUCAACCAGCGAUUCACGGACGCGGGGCUGGGAUUGCUGCCCUUCGAGAACACAACGCACAGUGUGUGCGUUCUCACCAACAGGAGCGCCAACAUCCCCUGCUUUAAAGCAGGUGACAAACGGGUGACAGAAAACCUGGGACUGUCUGCAAUGCACACUCUCUUUGUCCGAGAGCACAAUCGCCUGGCUAUGGAGCUGAGGAAUUUAAAUCCUCACUGGGAUGGGGAAAAGCUGUACCAGGAGAGUAGAAAGAUUGUCAUUGCCAUAAACCAGAUCAUAACAUACAGAGAUUACAUCCCCCUCCUGCUGGCCAAGGAGACCAGCAAGUGGAUCCCYCUGUACAGAGGUUACAAUGACAGGGUGGAUCCCAGGGCCUCAAACGUUUUUUCCCUGGCUUUCCGAUUCGGCCAUACAUCCGUGCAGCCUUUUGUGUCCCGGCUGAAUGAGAGCUUUCAGCCUUUGGGGUCCUUCUCCCAUGUCCCUCUGCAUCUGACUUUUUGUGCUCCGUGGAGGAUUGUAAUGGAAGGAGGCAUCGACCCACUGAUCCGGGGCAUGGUGGUGGAUCAUGCAAAGCUCAUGAAACAGAACCAGCUGCUYGUUGAGGAGCUCCAGAACCACCUCUUUGAACAGACAGAGGUGAUGGGUYUGGAUCURGGAGCCAUGAACAUGCAACGGGGAAGAGACCAYGGCCUUCCAGGUUACAAUGCCUGGAGGGGCUUCUGUGGKCUCUCCCAACCCCAAACUUUAGAAGAAUUAUCAGAGGUACUUGGCAAUCCCAAACUGGCCAAGAAGUUCAUGGAUGUGUAUGGAACACCRUACAAUAUCGACCUCUGGAUCGGGGCAGUGGCAGAGCCCGUGGUGCCCCAGGGCAGAGUUGGGCCCCUCCUGUCCUGCAUCAUUGGCACCCAGUUCAGGAACCUGCGUGAUGGGGACAGAUUCUGGUGGGAGAAUCCAGGAGUUUUCACUCCAYGGCAGUUGCAAGCGCUGAGAAAAAUCUCAGUGUCGAGGGUGAUCUGUGACAAUACUCAUAUCAAAAAGAUACCCAGAGAUGUGUUCAAGAUCAACACUUACCCUGAGGACUUCGUUGAUUGCCRAGAGAUCGACGUGCUUGACCUCUCACCCUGGAAAGAUGAUCCUGAGAGUGCCAGAAAAGGUACCAGUGGUCUGAGGUCUGUCAAAAAUGAUAAAUGUGCUAUGAGAUGA